AUUUUCUUCAAGAGACUCUACACACACUGGAAGGAAAUGCUUUUAGAAGUGCAGGGAUUUGAUCCUGAUGACCUCUAUUCAGGGGUCAAUUUCUCCAAGGUUCUGAGUACUCUCUUAGCUGUCAACAAAGCAACAGAAGAUCAGCUCUCAGAAAGACCAUGUGGACGUUCGUCUUCUCUUAGUGCGGUUAAUAGUUCUCAGACAAACCCACAGGGAGCAGUUUCUAGCACAGCUCCAGGGCCGCAAAGGCAGUCAAAGGCAGUGGAGAUGACGGAAAAUGGAAGUCACCAGUUGAUAGUAAAGGCAAGAUUCAACUUUAAGCAGACUAAUGAAGAUGAACUGUCAGUCUGUAAAGGGGACAUCAUUUAUGUCACUCGAGUUGAAGAAGGAGGCUGGUGGGAAGGCACAUUAAAUGGAAGAACAGGCUGGUUCCCUAGUAAUUAUGUCCGAGAAAUUAAGUCCAGUGAGAGACCUCUCUCCCCCAAGGCCGUCAAAGGAUUUGAAACAGCUCCACUUACCAAGAAUUAUUAUACUGUGGUGUUACAAAACAUCUUGGAUAAUGAAAAAGAAUAUGCUAAGGAACUUCAGUCUCUUCUUGUCACUUACUUAAGACCCCUGCAGUCCAAUAACAAUCUGAGUACUGUGGAGUUUACAUCUUUACUGGGAAACUUCGAGGAAGUAUGUACAUUUCAACAGACACUCUGCCAAGCCUUGGAAGAAUGUUCAAAGUUUCCAGAAAACCAACACAAAGUAGGAGGCUGUCUACUAAGUCUUAUGCCUCAUUUUAAAUCUAUGUACCUGGCUUACUGUGCAAACCAUCCUUCAGCUGUAAAUGUACUCACUCAGCACAGGUAAAUCCUUAACAUCUUCCCGAUAUCUCUGAAUCGACUUUUGAGUAUUCCUGCUCUUGAUGUCAGAAAUUAAUUUAUUGUUUCAUGGUUUGAUCAUCCAUUAAUCCAACAAAUAAUUUACUGAGCACCUACUAUGUGCAAGUUCCUGUAUUAGUUGAUAGGGAUACGGUAGUAAACAAGCAAGGGAGGGCCCCUCUCCCCAUGGAGCAUUGAAUCUUGAGGGAAAUACAAAUAUUAAACACUGAGAACAUCUACUACAAAAUGGGUGAUAAAGGAUGCUGGGAGACUAUGCAACGUGGCAUCAUCUUAGUGGGGUGAAGGGUAGGAGAAGGACUAGAAAAGGCUUUCCUCUAGCAAAAUUCUGUUUCGAUCCAAGGAGUUAGCCCUCUCUGCCUCAGUAAAUGUUUUUGUCAUAAAUAUUAAUGCAUGUUAUUUGUACAUAUUAAUGGGUUUCACUGUGACGUUUCCAAACAUGCAUGUAUCACUCUUUGGUGUUAUCUGCCCAUCUAAAUAACUUCUCUUGCUUCCGUUCUUCCCCAUUCCUCCAGCUUUCAUACCCUUCUCUAGUAGUCCCUCUACUACUUUCAAGUUUUCUUUUUUUUAAUUCUAGC